UACGAUUAACGUUGUUUGGGCCCAGCCACGUGGUCUUCCUGUUCCUCAAUCCCUCGAAAUUAUAUUGGAGAAUUUGGAAGGGACAGCAAGGACAAACAAAAUAGAUAUAUAAAAAGAGAAAAGAAAGCUCUGAGAAUUGAAAGAGAAAUUAAGAGAGAGAAUUUCAGUGAUCCAUCUAAUCGAACUGGUUGUGUGAUAUGGGGCGUGUUUGGGCAUAAGGCUAUAAUAGCAAUGAAAGGCCCUCUCUCUGCUCCCGGAGAUUACAUCUACUUCAAGUCUCAGGUCCCUCUCCACAAGAUCCCCAUUGGGACAAAGCAGUGGAGAUAUUAUGAUUUUGGUCCAAAAGUGGUGUCUCCUCUUAUUUGUAUUCCUGGAACAGCGGGGACAGCAGAUGUCUACUACAAACAGAUAAUGUCCUUGUCCAUGAAGGGUUACCGGGUAAUUUCUGUUGAUAUCCCACGGGUAUGGAAUCAUCAUGAAUGGAUUCAAGCAUUUGAAAAGUUCUUGGAUGCUAUCGAUGUUCAUCAUAUACAUCUUUAUGGUACAUCCCUUGGGGGAUUUCUAGCACAACUUUUUGCUCAGCAUCGUCCAAGACGGGUUCGCUCAUUGAUACUAUCAAAUUCUUUUCUGGAUACAUGCAGUUUCUCUGCUGCAAUGCCAUGGGCUCCUGUUGUUAGUUGGACCCCUUCCUUUUUGUUGAAACGAUACGUGUUAACAGGAAUUCGUGAUGGUCCCCAUGAACCAUUCAUUGCAGAUUCUGUGGACUUUGUUGUUUCUCAGGUUGAAACACUCUCAAGAGAAGACUUGGCCUCCAGGUUAACUUUGACAGUUGAUGCUGCUUCAGUUGGACCUUUGCUGCUUUCAGAUUCAUUUAUCACUAUAAUGGAUACAAAUGACUACUGUGCAAUUCCCCAACAACUCAAAGAUCAAUUGGGUGAGAGGUAUCCUGAAGCAAGGCGAGCAUACUUGAAAUCUGGGGGGGAUUUUCCGUUUCUUUCACGUCCAGAUGAAGUUAACUUACACCUUCAGCUACACUUGAGGCGAGUUGGUGUGGAAGCUCGGCCAGACCUGAUCCAGGGAAUCUCAAGGGGAGGUAGUGGUGCAAGUCCUAGUGAAGAGAAUGACAAAGGAGAAGAUCCAGAUGAUCCACCCAAGGAUGAUGGGGAGGUCACUAAAGAUCCAUCCACAGAUAGUCAGCUGCAUCCAGCUCCAGAGAGUUCAGAAUCUCAUAGUUUAGAUGAUCAGCUCCUCAGUAAUGCCAGAGUAUGUCAUUUUGUUAAUGAAAAUAUGCUGGUGCCUUUCUUACCUCAUCUAUGGGAGAUUUUGUUCCUAUAUUUGCUUCCUCUUAAUUUGGGAGCAUUGUACAUUACUUUGAGUUAUUCUUGGAAAUUCAGACAAGUAGUGUAAAAAUAGUUGGACGUCGUUAUUGUAUAAACUUACACAAGCAUUUGUUGAAAACCUAGUCUGUUUUGGGUUGCUGAUGUUUCUGAAUUCUGUUGCACUUUUGGCAUUUUAGAUUGUGCUAUAAUUUAAUGUGAUUUUUGUACAUUUCAAGAUGA